UAUUUGUAGUUUUCGCGGGUUAAUACUGUAUUAAUAUUUGUUACUCAAAUAAAGUUAUUGGAAUUAAAAAUUCACUUGAUUUUAUUUACUAUAAAGUUUAACAUUGGAAAAUUGUCUUUUGGUCUUCUAAACGAAAAUGACGGUUGACGGGGGUAAAAAUUUGCCAUGGGUAGAGAAAUAUCGACCUUCCAAAUUAGAAGAUCUUGUUUCACACGAUGAUAUUAUUCAAACAAUUAAUCAAUUUAUGAAAGAAAAUCAACUUCCACAUUUGCUAUUUUAUGGACCGCCAGGGACUGGAAAAACAUCAACCAUUUUAGCAUGUGCCAAACAAAUGUAUACACUACAACAAUUUAACUCAAUGGUAUUAGAACUAAAUGCUUCUGAUGAUAGAGGAAUAGGAAUAGUACGAGGACAAAUACUUAGUUUUGCUUCAACAAGAACUAUUUUCAAAGCAGGGCCAAAACUUAUCAUACUUGAUGAAGCGGAUGCUAUGACAAAUGAUGCUCAAAAUGCUUUACGUCGGAUUAUAGAAAAGUAUACGGAAAACGUGAGGUUCUGCAUAAUUUGCAACUACCUAGGCAAGAUUAUUCCAGCGCUGCAGUCGCGAUGUACUCGCUUUCGAUUUGCACCGCUGCAGCAGAAUCAGAUCAUGCCGCGGCUUAGAGAUAUUGUACUAAAAGAAAAUGUGGACAUAACGGAGGACGGCAUAGCGGCGCUGCUGACGCUGUCGGGGGGUGACAUGCGCAAGGUGCUGAACACACUGCAGAGCACGUGGCUGGCCUACAGACACGUGAGCGAGGACCACGUUUACACGUGCGUCGGACAUCCGCUUAGAGCCGACAUCAACUACAUCAUGAACUGUCUCCUCAAUGAAAACGAUUUCGCAGCUUGUUUUAAACAAAUCAAUGACAUCAAGAUCGCCAAAGGUUUGGCACUAGGCGAUAUUUUGACUGAGAUUCAUACAAUAAUACAAAGAGUGAAAUUCCCGCCAGAAGUGCUUAUUUCGUUAUUAAUCAAAAUGGCGGAUUCCGAGGCCCGACUUGCGAGCGGUUGCAGUGAACGAAUCGAACUAGCCGCUCUCAUUGCCGCUUUUCAACUUUGUAAAGAUCAAAUCGAUUUGAAUGACCUUGCUUCAUAACAAAAAAUAGUAAUAUUUUUUGUUGAAUAACAUGUUUUAUAAUAAAUAAGCAAAGUUUUCCUUUUUUACAUUUGUCU